AUGGAUAGCCCCAUCACGCUGAAUGGCGCCACGGAGUGCACGCCUGAGCAUCUCGUGCAGGUGCUCAACUUUGAGGCCAAGCGGAAGCUGGGCGCGUACCAUGUCUUGCAGGGCAUCAAGGACGCUUACCGCUGGCACCUCGAAGCCGCCGGCAGCGCUCCGGAUUGGGUGCCCGACCAGGGCGGCAAAGCUGGGCGAGGCCGGCACCCAGGCCAUCACCUAUACGCCGCGAACUCUAAGCCGCCCUGGCGCCUGCUGGCGGCCACCUCCACGCCAGACAAGGGCAAUACCAUCGAUGGCAACGCGCGGCCCUACCGCGCGGAGAAGAAGCAGCAGCAGACGGUCGAGGGUCACGCCAGCAACUUCGGGGGCGCGCCUGCCAACGACUCCGCGGCACCGAGCGGGGCAUUCGCGCUCCUCGAGCGCGAGCCCGGCACCGUCCAGGCGACGCUGCGAAUCGUGGAUCUGCCGCCGCCUGGCCCCCAGAUACACGCCGAGAUCGCAACGCCGCCCGAGGCGCCGUGCGAUUUUACCGCGGCGGCGCAUGCGGGCCCGAAGCACGGCGUGGCGCACAUGGCCUCCAAGGCUGGCUAUCUCCUGAUUUUCACCAUCGCCACUGCCCCCGUGCUCGCACGCACCAGGGUCUCGCAGAAGUCCGUCUCCGCCCCCGUCGGCAGCGAGCAGUCCGACGGCGCCAUCCUCGCGAAGCGGAAGGGGCGGGCCCUGUCAGGAAAGGUGAACGAGACGCCCUUCAUCAACGACUUCAGCAGCUCGGACUGCAUGGGCGAGGCGACUGUCGCGGCGCAGCACGGGAGCGGGUUGCUCCGCACGCCGAGGACCAUCAAGCAGUUCAGGAGCAUCCAGGCGCCAAAAGGCCAACCGUCCCCGACGCUGCGCUACUUCAUCACGCUGUUCGAGCACGGCAAGCCGAAGGCGCUGGAGCCCCUGGAGCAGGCGCACCCGCACUUCGGCGGCGAAGGCGGCUGCGACGAGGCCGCCGCCAAGCCCGCGCGCGAGCACGCGUUCAACCAGGGCCAGCUGCAGGCCGGCGACACCUGCGGAGGCCCACCAGCACCGACGGAGCCAGGCGGUAUUCCUGGA